AUGAGUGCUGGACUGUUUGAUCGGCAACCACCGAAACCCCAAGCUCGGCCUCUGCUCCAAUUCAAAGCUGGGAAAAUGAGCAUGAAAGAGGAUCAUAGCGUACAACCGGACAGUCGCAAGGGUUGUGCUUAUCUCUACCAAACCACUGGGGAUCAGAGCGUGCAUUUCUGUUGGUUCGACCGACGUACAGGCCUGAUUGAAGAGAACUUUGUCCUCACCCCGAGGGAGGCAGAAUUCAAACGUGUUCCCCAGUGCAAGUCUGGACGAGUUUAUGUGCUGAAACUGAAAGAGCAGCAACGUCGCUUCUUUCUCUGGAUGCAGGAACCUAACGCCAGUAACGACUCACAGAUUUGCGAAACGGUUAACAAAUUUAUCAACUCCCCACCAACUCCUCCCUCGGCUUCGGGCACGUCGCGGAGCAGUCGCAUGGUGGACCUCUUUAGUGGCGUUCGAGGCCUCUCUAACCUUAGUCAAAGUGAACUUCUUGCUCUUUUGUCGAUGGGUGUAGGCCUAAACAGUGGACUCUCCUCUGAAAAUACAACGCUUCGUGGUUAUUUUCAGGAUGUUGAAAUUAUUUAUUUUCGUAGACACAGAAUGCAUGCUCUUGAUUGUGUUGCUAAUCUCAUAGACAACCACGCAUAUUACCAGUUGUUUGUAUUAAUUCGUAAAGCCAUGGCUCGUUUGACUUAG